AUGCUUCUGAUUCCACGGAGCUUUUAUCAUAUUGAUACAUUUCCUAUUGUAUUUGAUACCAAUCAAUCACAAUUACGACAAAGUUUUCGAGUUUUCAAUAGUACAAUUAAUCGAACGUUUUUGCUCGAUGAAACUUUUCAUCCGUACGUAAUUUCUGAUCCAAAGCAAACUCUACAAUUGAAUUACGCUUCUCCCUUGAAUCACAACGCAAAAUCACAAUUAAAUCAAAAUCUGAAUGCUACUUUGAAACCAGAACAGUACGAUAUUGCUCCAGAAAAGCAACCAAUACAUAGUAAAGCUUUUACUUCUUGCUCAAGCGUAAAUAAUAGUUAUCUUUGGGAGAAUUGUACUGAACAUGAUUUAAUUGUACGUAAAAAAAAUAACUUGUUUGAAUUUCAUCGUAGAAAUAUUACGGACACAAAAUUUUUCAACAAUGUAAAUGAAUUGUCUCUGCGUGAAUUACGACUAUCAGCUAUUCGAGCACUAAUCGACUCAAAAGCAAGAAGUGGCGAUCAACUUCUGACCUCAUUAGUUCAAGAUGCUGCAGAUCUGACUAAUUUGUUUGAUAAGAUGAGAAAUCGAGAACGAGCUCUUCCCGCUAUCAUUCAGCAAAACAUUCGGAGAAAACAAGCAUUCCAGCAAGCACAGCCACUGCAGUUAUUAUUUUCCGGUGAUAAAAAUGGCUUGUCGGUGCAACCAUUGAAAUUCAGCCAGAGCCUAGGCGAAAAAUUCAGAAGUCAGAACAUCUCAGGUAAUUUGAAAACACAGCAAUAUGCACACUGGGAAAAUUUACUUUUUGGGCCAGAUGGCGUUCUGACCGCAGUUUUUCAUAUUCUCGAUGGCCGCCGCAAAAUCCCUGAGAAGUCAACGAUCAAAAAUGCAGUGAUAACUAGCAAAAUUGGUACUGAUAAGAGUCAAGCGGCUGAUUCUUAUCAACAAACAGACCUGAUAUUCCUACCUGAUUUUUUGGUGAAUGCGAGUGGGGUUCGAACCCACGAGGACUUACGUCCAUUGGAACUUAAAUCCAACGCCUUAACCACUCGGCCAUCGCUGUCCACUUCGGACCUUUGCACUACUAAUUAUUAA